CUUUUACAUCACAGAGAACAUCCGCAUCUUCUCAAGAACAGCUUUCUACAUCCCAGAGAUCAUCCGCAUCUUAUCAAGAACAGCCUUCUACAUCCCAGAGAACAUCCGCAUCUAAUCAAGUUGCAAUACAACAUAGUAUGCAAUUAAGAUUUCUUGAUAUUUUAUAUCUUGACGAUCCACUUCUCUAUAGAUUCAUUAGAUAUCAUUUGUCUAAUACUAUAAGAAUAGUAUCCACACGUUAUAGUACUGACGAUCAGUUUAGAGGUCGUGGAAGAUUAAGUAAUAUUGAUAGUAGAGGUUCUGAAGAUACUUUAUAUCUGAAUAGUAUUACAGAACACGCGAUACGAGAAUUCAGCUAUCAACCGAGGAUAGUUAUUGAAAAUGUUAUAGGAAUGUUCCUAGAGGAAUGUAGGACUGUCAGCGAAUUCCAAGCAAUACUACGAUGGUUGUGUGAUUUAGGUGUACUACAACGACUACCAGAACACAGAAGUAUAGAAUGGAACGUAUUUGACGAGAUCGACUAAGAACCGAAAUUUGCAAUAAAAGAACAGUCAAAGAAGAUACGUACUGUUUUUAUUGUCGGUUCUUAGAAUAUAUUCUUUUCAUGCUUUUCUAUAGUUUUAUAUACUCUAUCGACGCGAGAAAUGUGUUUCUUUUGAAAUGUAAUUAUUUCGAAGUUGUGUAAUAAUAUGCGAAGAGAAACGUAGUCGGGUGUUCGAAACUUUGAUAUUGACGUAGAUAUAUAUCAAAUGAUUAUUAAUGUUUUCUUCAAGCUCUAAAGCAGAGUCGGCGCAGUUUGCUUUUCAGUGUACUAGCAGUAAUAGUUGAAGUCGUCAUAUUAUUGGUUUUCUUCUUUUUUUUCGUUUUGUAGUUUAUGAACAGAUAACAAAAAAUGCGAAGUUUGAAUGCAAAGUGUUUGACGAUUUUUAUGUUUAUAUAAAGAACUUUAAAUUUUAAUAAACUAUAGUGACAACUGGCACUGAAAGUCCCAAACACUUGUGCCAAUUUGUCAAUAAAAUGUUAUAUUUGUGUUUAGUUACUUAUUAAGAUACAAAACGAAAAGAGCAGAAGUGAUAGUGGUCGUGAAGAUUUAAACUUAGAAAAAAGCGCACUUUUGCACCGGCGAUGACCUUAAGCUUACUAGUAUAACAUACAAAACUACUUCUUGAACGUAAAAACGUAAAAAAAAUGUAAGAUGUUGUUUUGAUUUUACUACGUACAAAAUAAGUCUAAUUAUCCCUUACGAAAAAGAAUUGCU